UUUGUUUGUUUGUGUUUGUUUUUUUUUGUAGGAUGUAGGAUUAGAAAAGAAAUGUCUCAUCAACUUUAAAUCCAGUUUUAAGUUUUGAACACCCUUGCUUUAAUUUAAGAAAUGCUAGUAUAUUUCCUUGCUAUAUUUCUUUAUGAAAACACAGAAUAAUUAUGUUAUGAAUAUGAACUACUGGCCAAUCCGACACAGGAGGCGGCUUUUGUGGGAAUGCGGGUGGGAAGGAAAAAAUACACACACAGGAUGCAGCGCUCCUUGACCCGGAAGCGAUUAUACACUGUCGACAGCUGGGUUUUCAUUUUAAAAAUGGCGACCGACAAAGGUUAUGUGUUUAUAUGCGCUAGCUUGAUUCUUACGUUACUUUUUACCCCAAGUCGAUCUCGGCUCCAUCACCUGGUGCUUAAGGAUGAUGUCCGUCAGAGGGUUCACCUCAACACGUUCGGCUUUUAUAAGAACGGCUACAUGAGCGUGAAGAUGAACAGCCUGAGUGUGAGUGGAGCUCCAACCAACAACAUUGACAGCUCCACAAUCGGUUUCAGUUUGGAUCGCACAAGCAGUAACGGCUUCUCUACUUACCUGGACGAUGGCUUAGACUACUGCGUGCUGAAAAAGCUGCCCAGCAGUGAUUUUGCAGUGGUUCUCCUAUUGCUGGACUUCAGAAGCAACCUUGUGAGGAUGAAGACUUCUGCAGAGGCGGGAAUGUUUCCUCACAUCGUUUCUGUGGUGCCGGAGACUGUAGUGGAAGAACGGAAGUCGAAAGAGAAAGCUCAGUCUGCUGCUGACUCUAAAUCCAAGCGGGACGUGACUGAGAAUAAGGCUGAUGUCUCAUAUCCCCUGCAGAGCAAAGGCAAUAAGUACUCCUUUCAGUUUUACUUCAAUGUAACGACAGAGGAGCAGCAAGGCCUGUACAACUUCUACUUCCACAACUGCUUCUCCUCCAUUGCUGCCAACCAGGAUGUGUCUUUACCGAACACACUUACUUUCAGCAUUGACAUCAAUAUAGAGGAGAAGAAUCCAGACAGCUUCCUGUCUGCUGGAGAGAUUCCUCUCCCCAAACUCUACAUCUGCAUGUCUGUGUUCUUCCUUCUCAUCGGGACACUGUGGGUCCAUGUUCUCCGCACGCGCAGAGCCGACGUGUACAAAAUCCACUGGCUCAUGGCAGCUCUUCCAUUCACCAAGUCCCUCUCGCUCAUUUUCCAUGCUAUUGAUUACUACUACAUCUCCAACCAAGGCUUUCCUAUUGAAGGCUGGGCUGUGGUUUACUACAUCACACACCUGCUGAAGGGGGCGCUGCUGUUCAUCACUAUAGCUUUGAUAGGGACUGGCUGGGCCUUUGUCAAACACAUCCUCUCAGACAAGGACAAAAAGAUCUUCAUGAUCGUCAUCCCUCUACAGGUCCUGGCAAACGUGGCGUACAUCAUCAUCGAGUCGACAGAGGAAGGCUCCAGCGAGUAUGGAUUAUGGAUGGAGAUCCUGUUCCUGGUGGACCUGCUGUGCUGUGGAGCUAUCCUCUUCCCCGUUGUCUGGUCUAUCAGGCAUUUACAAGAGGCAUCAGCAACUGAUGGAAAAGCUGCCAUCAAUCUGGCUCAGCUGAAGCUUUUCCGGCACUACUAUGUGAUGAUCGUGUGCUAUAUUUAUUUCACCCGUAUCAUCGCCAUCCUCAUCAAGGUCAUCGUGCCCUUCCAGUGGAAAUGGCUCUAUCAGCUGCUGGAUGAACUGGCAACUCUGACCUUCUUCGUCCUGACUGGCCACAAGUUCCGUCCAGCUUCUUCUAACCCCUACCUGCUGCUGUCUGUGGAGGACGAGGAGGACAUGGAGAUGGAUGAUGUGGUAACUACAUCUACAGCCAUGGGGGAGGGUGUGAAAAAGGUGAAGAAAGUGUCAAACGGCCCAUCAGAGGAGCGGGAGAGCAUGGCAUGAUGGGAAACGUAGUCCUUCAGGGAUGUGUCUGGACUUCAUGGCUAGUUGCGACAUGGCGGGCAUUUUAACCUUCGCUUGUGGAGGACACGGUGAAAAUUCCCACUGGAUGCGCUCAUGCUGGGACGUGGUGUAAUAUCUCUGUAAAUGCUCUACAGACAGUAUAAAGACUCACUAACCUCCCUUUCUCAGUAGUUCUAAUGGAAACGCUUGGUGCUGUGCUUUUGUCUUCAGUUAAUGCAGGUUGUUUUGCUUUUAUUUAUUUAUUAUUGUUUUGUUUUUGUUUUUUUUAAUUCAUGGUCUCUUUAUGGUAUUUUUGUUCUAGCACUUUAGCCGAAACGCUCCGAGCAAAUCUCAAGUCACUGCAGUGUCACUAUGCAGAUUCCUCGGUACUCCAGAGCCUCAAGUUUACUUACAGGUUUUACAGAUUUGAGUUGAAUUACUUUUCGCUGAAAGUGGCGUUUAAAUAAAAAAGAAAAAAAAUAGAUGAAAAAGCUAGGCUGUAUUUCCUGUAUAAAUGUACAGAUCUGAGAUAAUUGUACAGACACAAGAUUUCCUACCUUUAAAGGAUGAACCUUGACUUUGUCAUGUUUUCAGUGGCAGUUACUGUAUCAUUUUUAUUUGAGGAUUAAUGAUGUUAUAUUUCGGGGAAUCUAAGAGUUUCCUAUGUGGAUGUUGCAAAUGAAUGCACUGGGCUGUAUCUUUCAAGAGUAUCAAUAAUUUUAAUAAUAUUUGAAAUCACAAAUCUUAAGUUAUCAUUUGGAUCAGUUAUAAAAGGGUUUUAUGUUAAUGCUUAAAUAUUUUGCUUUUCAGAAAUGUGUGGGCUACAUAAAGUGGUGAUAUAUUCUCAGUAUUAAAUUGUGCAAUGGUUUGAUUUCUGUUGAAUUGUGUCUACAUUUGUUUAUUUUGUCUGAAGUUGAAAGACAAAUGGAUGUUUUUUUUUUUUGUUUUUUUUCUCCGAUCUGUGUGAUGUCGAUCAGAUAUCAGGGACAAAAGUCUAAUCGAUCAGUCGUCUCUGCGGAUUUUCUAAAACGCGGAGUAGUUGAGGAGCGUCAUUAUAUUCAUUAACAUGUCACAUUGAAAAGAUUCUGGAGGACACAGAUGGAUGCUCUUCGUCAGUCACGUGAGAUGUGUUUACACUUGUUAGUAAAGGCCAUUAUGCCCUGGGCUUGCGUUUUAUACGGAAUAUCACUGCCAAUUAUUACUAUAUCGAAGGUUUAAAAAGAAAAUAUCUAAUUUGGCUUCUUCACAGUAACACUAAGGGUCGAUACUUAAUGAAAGUCAAUUUUUAGAAGACAUUUUGUUGAACAAAUGUUGGUGUAUAUUUAAAUUUAUUAUCAUUUUUCUUUUAACAUUCCAAAUACAACAAUAAUUACAAAUUA